UUAAGAGCGAAAAUUGCCUAUCUUGAAAACCGGAUUAAAGAAUUAGAAUACAGGGAAAAGGAAGCAGGAGAAAGACUCCAGAUUGAAAAACAAAGUGCUAAAGAAAAGGUUGAAACUUUGAUUGAAAAUAUAAAAGACAUUGAAACUCAAUUACAAGCUCAGAAUCGUAGGAAUACUCAAUUGCAAGAAAUGAUUUCUAUGCAAAAGGCUUCAAUGGAGGAGGCUACGAAUGAAUCAAAGGUUAGGGCAGCUAAGGUAGAAAAUACAUUUGCAAUGUUAAAUGAACAGCUUCGCGAACAAUUGGAUGAAAAGAAUAAAACUAUUGAAAAUGAGCGACAGAGAGUUAAGAAUUUAGAAGAACAAUUUUCUUGUAUGCUUGAAGAACAAAAACGGUUACAUUCACAGAUUGAACGGAGAGAAACCACAAUUAACAAAGUUCUCAGUGGGCUACAAAUGAUCAACCAACGAAAAGAUGUGAUGGAAAAUGCGGCAUUGAAAAAUUUAACAGAGGAUAUGCAAAUUACGUUGUCGCUUGACCGAAAACCCUCUUACCAACCUCCCGUUAAUAUUAAUCCGCCUUGGAAACCGGCUGGCACUAAUUUCAACUCAACUUCUAAAAAAACUAUAGUGAGAAAUUCAUCAACUAAAUCAUCAUCCAUUCCAGUCUCUUCUUUAAAAUCAAGAGGU